AUAAUAAUCAUGGGUCUCUUCUCAAGAAAGCACAAGUCAAGCACCAAGUCCGCCACUGAGGUUCCUCCAACAGUUGCCAAGGUUGUCCCAGCAGCAGCACCAGUAGCACAGGUGCCACAUUAUAGCUUUAAGUCCGAGAACUAUCAGGUGGCCGAGGGAAUCCAAGAGAUACUCAAGGGUAUUUUGGAGGGCAGAAUAUUAGAGAUCUUUGACAAGUACUAUCACAAGGACAUUGUGAUGUAUGAGAAGGGCGAUUCAACCAACCGUGUGGGCAAGGCUGCCAAUAGGAUUGCCGAGGAGAACUUCCUCAAGAACGCUACAUUCCACGAGGCAAGAGUUGAGAAGUUGAUCAUCGAUGGCAACAACACAGCAUACCAGAUGUAUAUGGACUUCACCUAUGGCGGUCACAGAGUACAAAAGACUCAAUGGGCUAUGCAAGAGUGGAAGGAUGGUCUUGUCAUCAAGGAGGAGUUC